UGUUAGCGCUAUUUGUGUCAUUUUAGCUUCGUCAUUUAUUAGACGUAGAACAAGGAUAGGAUGACGAAAAUAGCGCCAAUAGCACCUCCGCGAGCACAUCUUUAAUAAAUGUGUGAAAGGGGGAGAUAAGGGGAGGAUAUAGCACUCUCGACAGGUGUUAAAUAUUACUUGCUAAUAGCCAUGUGAAGGUCUCAUCCGGCCGGUCGUUUGUAAUCAAUUUACGUAUUCAUUAAGUUUUGGCAGUUGUAUAAUGCAACGAUUACGUUUUAAUUAAUGUAAAGAUGGAUCACAACGUGCUCGUGGCGUUCGAUUUUGACCAUACCAUUUGCGAAGGCAACACUGAUCUAGUAGUGCAAAAUUUGUUGCCAACAGAGAUAUCCGAGGAUGUGUACAACUUACGGAAGUCAAGCGGUUGGAUAGUCUAUAUGAACAAGAUCUUCGAGCUCCUACAUAAGAAUUCUGUGAAAGCGCAUCAGAUUGAAAACAUUAUUAUUGGUAUACCUGCAGUUUCAGGAAUGCAGAGGCUUCUCACUUCUCUGCAUAACAACAGUCAUGAGAUCAUCAUUAUCAGUGAUUCCAAUAGCAUGUUCAUAGACUCUUGGCUGAGAAGUAGGCAGCUUGAUCGUGUUGUGUCGCAAGUUUUCACGAACCCAGCUCGAUAUGACGAAGGUAGACUGAGGGUGGAUCCAUAUCACACGCAAUACACAUGCCAGAUGAGCGCUGUCAAUCUUUGCAAAGGACAGAUUUUAACGGACUAUAUUCAGGAUAAAUAUAAACAGGGUAAAAGCUAUGAGAGAAUUGUCUACAUUGGCGAUGGAAGGAACGAUCUCUGUCCAAUUUUGCGCCUCUCAGAGGCCGAUCUGGCAUGCCCGCGUAAAGGCUAUUCACUCAUCAAUCGACUAAAUGAGUCUACCUCCAUGUCGACGAAAGCAAAAAUUGUGCCAUGGGAGAACGGUACUGAUUUACAAUGUAGCUUGAAACAGUUCAUAGAACUUUCAUCAUUAACACAAUUCCACCAAUAGAUUUUUUGCGUAUUUCUUUUCUCAGAAAAGAAAUUUUUCUUUUCUUUGCUCAUGCAUAAUUAUUAAAUUGAAGAACAAUUAAGUUAUUCCAGAUGUUAUU